GCCAAAACAGGAACAGGGGUGGCAAAUCACUGUGCGAGGGCGAGUGGACCUCCCUCUUUGCCUCCUCCCUGUUCCAGGCGCAGAUCCCCUGGGCUCUGCGCUGUUGUUUUCAGCACUCGGGAAAGCCGGCGCUUCAGAUCGAGGCAAGUGCACCAAGCCAGGGAGUUUUCCGUUCAGUACCUCGGACAGAGCCACGCAGCAAAAAAAUGGCUCCGAUCACUACCAGCCGGGAAGAAUUUGAUGAAAUCCCCACAGUUGUGGGGAUCUUCAGUGCCUUUGGCCUGGUCUUCACAGUCUCUCUGUUUGCAUGGAUCUGCUGUCAGAGAAAAUCAUCCAAAUCUAACAAGACUCCUCCAUAUAAGUUUGUGCAUGUGCUAAAGGGAGUUGAUAUUUACCCUGAAAACCUAAAUAGCAAAAAGAAGUUUGGAGCUGAUGACAAAAAUGAAGUAAAGAAUAAACCAGCUGUGCCAAAGAAUUCAUUGCAUCUUGACCUUGAGAAGAGAGAUCUCAAUGGCAAUUUCCCCAAAACAAACAAAGCUGGCAGCCCUUCUGAUCUGGAGAAUAUGACCCCGAAGCUCUUUUCAGAAGGAGAAAAAGAUGCAGUUUCCCCUGAUAGCUUAAAGUCCAGCACGUCCCUUAGUUCAGAAGAGAAACAAGAGAAACUGGGAACCCUCUUCUUCUCCUUAGAGUACAACUUUGAGAAGAAAGCAUUUGUGGUUAAUAUCAAGGAAGCCCGUGGCUUGCCCGCCAUGGAUGAGCAGUCGAUGACCUCUGACCCAUACAUCAAAAUGACGAUCCUCCCAGAGAAGAAGCAUAAAGUGAAAACCAGAGUUCUAAGAAAGACCUUGGACCCAGCUUUUGAUGAGACCUUUACAUUCUAUGGGAUCCCCUACACCCAGAUCCAAGAAUUGGCCUUGCACUUCACAAUCUUGAGUUUUGACAGGUUUUCAAGAGAUGAUAUCAUUGGAGAAGUCCUUAUUCCUCUCACAGGAAUUGAGUUGUCUGAUGGAAAAAUGUUAAUGAACAGAGAGAUUAUCAAGAGAAAUGUUAGGAAGUCUUCAGGACGGGGUGAGUUACUGAUCUCUCUCUGCUACCAGUCCACCACAAAUACUCUCACUGUGGUUGUUUUAAAAGCUCGACACCUGCCUAAAUCUGAUGUGUCUGGACUCUCAGAUCCCUAUGUCAAAGUGAACCUGUACCAUGCCAAAAAGAGAAUCUCCAAAAAGAAGACUCAUGUGAAGAAAUGCACCCCCAAUGCAGUGUUCAAUGAAUUAUUUGUUUUUGAUAUUCCUUGUGAGGGUCUUGAAGAGAUCAGUGUUGAAUUUCUGGUUUUGGAUUCCGAAAGGGGAUCCCGCAAUGAGGUAAUUGGGCGGUUGGUUCUGGGAGCAGCAGCAGAAGGAACCGGAGGAGAGCACUGGAAGGAGAUCUGUGACUAUCCCAGGAGACAAAUCGCCAAGUGGCAUAUGCUCUGUGAUGGUUAGCAUCCUGACUAUGAGUUGGAACUUGAUGAUUUUACUAGGAGAGGAACAAUUUUCUUUCUUUCUGAUAUGUGAUUACUAGCUUGUGACAGCAAGCUACCUUUUUUUUGUUGUUGUUAGAAAUGGAUUGAAUUAGCUGACCAGAAAGUAACUGUAAAUGUGUAUCAUGAUAAUUUCCCCCUUUACUAGAGAAGUUGGAUAAAUUUUCAUAAAAUAGUGAAAGUUGGAUAAAUAGAGAAGUUGGAUAAAUUUUCAUAAAAUAGUGAUUUCCUGUGCAGGUUACCAGUGCUAUAAAUAUGAGUAGUCAAGCAUUUUAUAAAUACUGCAGUGCGAUCCCAGGUUAGGGGUGUGGUUUAGAAAGUGAUGAUGUCACUGGAAUAUGUCACUGGAAGGCAACGUGAUUGUUAGGAUUUAGAAAUCAAAAGCAUGUGUUCACUUAUGAAAAUUCAUCCAUUUUUCUCUAGGUGGGGAAAUCAAUUUUUCUUUAAAUCCAAAGAUAUUCUAGAAGUGUUCUCUAGUUUGUUUUUAUUAGUUAUGUCAUGUACAAAUGGUGUCCUGCAUAUAAAAGUAUAUGGUCAUUUCUCUUUGGUUUGUAAUUAUUUGAUACAAUGUUAUCAUAAGAGAAAUAGGUUUGUUUCAAAAGGACAGUGAAUAAACUGAGAAAUCAUUUUAUUAAAGGGCUUAGUUGAGAACACUGUGGUAGAAAUAUGAUUUUUCUCCCCCCUAGGAUUAUAUGUGAGUCAAAAUGUUGUAAAAUAUAACCUCACAUAAGAACCAUGGCCUUGAAUUAUUCACUGCCUGUCACAAGCGUCAGUGUGGUCUAAGAAAGCCCCAUUUACCUUUGUGAAGUUGUUAAAUUAGCUAGUGGGUAAAGAAAUAAACUUCAGCUAGAAAUCCAGUUAGAGAUGCAGUUUUCUUCUAGGAAAUAUGUAUAGUAUGCAAGUAUACAUUCAAGGCUUUUCCUUGCACAUAGAGAGGGCAUGGCUAUCGAAGUUAAGUCUUCCUUUAGUUGUUCUCCCCCAGAAAAGAUUAAGCUAUUAUUUGAAAACAAACAAAAAGACUGAAGUUUUAACCAUGCCAGACAGAAAGCAUUAUUUAAACCAAUAAACUAAGCAAGCCUAAUAUAAUUUACAUAUGUCCACAUGAAAUAUAUUUAGGCUGUCAAAUUAGCACAAUAAAGUAUGUCUCACUAUCUUUUCUAGGCUAAUUUGUCUUGAGCUGUUUUCUGUGGAACAGUUUAUAUAGACUUGUGUCUUUUACCGUUUUUCCAGUUCCAGGGCUCUGAAAUUCAUUAAAAACCCAUUAGAGUAAAGCAGUGCCCUGUGAUUAUUUGGAAAGAAUUAACUUGAGGUAAUGUCACUAUAUUUGAGUUUUUAGUUAGGUAUGAGUGAAACUCGGGUACAAUUGAAUUAUUAAAUAUGCAAGUUAGAAAAUAAAGUCUACUGAAAAUUUUACAUUUUGAGUCAGCUUUUGUGUCAGUACUUUAGCGAUUUUUGAGAAUGUGUUUGAUAUCUCCGUGUUUGUAAAUUCUAUGACAAUGCAUUUUCAAAACAACUUAUACACGCUUUUUAUGACUAUGCCCAAUGUAAAGAAAAUGUUUUACAUUCUAUAGGUAGGAAAACUGAAAUCAACCUCUUUUUUUGUGUUUUAAGAUAACUUUGGGAUUAAAAAGAAUAUUCCCUAAUCAUUGUCUUCAUUCCACCACAAAAAAACCCCACAGCAUCUUGGUCUGCUCAACAUUCCUAUGAAAGGAGCAUAAAAUUAAUUGCAGUCAGUGUGUGAUUUGGGGAAGUCGAUGGCCUUUUUAUGUAUAUGUACUUGGUACAUGGGCCAUAGAAUGUAAUUUAUUUUGGAGCUCUGAAAAGUUGUGAGGCAUCCACCCUAAGUAUCCUUCAUAGCUGUGAGAAGUUCAUGGUGGUAUCAACUGAAAUACAAUUGUUGAAGGAGGGUAAUUUUAUUUUUUAAGCAGAACAGCGAAACCAACAACAAAUACUUUUUAAAUUACAGUGACUAAUUUGUAAAUAGUUUUUAGUUUUUACAAUUUAAAGUGUUAUUGAGUGUGAAAAGUUGAGUAAAAUUAUUUGCAACUGCUGUUAAAGGAAAGAAAGAAGAAAAACUAAAAAAGAAUUGAAACAGGCAGGGACGUAAGUGAUCCCAUCAUCUUCUGAAAAUUGUACUGUUUUAUUAUGUAUUACAAUAUCAGUGUGAAUAUCUUGAAUUCUGUUACAAAUCCUGCACUGUAUUAAACAUGUAAAUUACUUGUCUGAUUAGCCAAUCUCACCACCCUAAUGGGGAAGUAUUCACGUUUGAAAAACUGUGUAAUUCAGUAACUGACUUGUUCUGAUGUUGUAACUCAGUAGAAGUGACUUGGAAGGAAGCAUGGUGUAUGAGAUGGUGUCUGUUCUUUCGUGCCAGCUCUGUACGAUGUUUGUAAGACUAUGUUUGUAAGACAUGAAUAAAUUGCUGCU